AUGGACAACGUUACUUUGCGUGCAACAACAUAUGCCCCUAGAGAGACGAAAUCUAUAUCACAAAGGAUAGACGACUUCGAGAAUGAGUUCUGGGGCAUUACGGUCUGCAGGAGAAGAAUCAGCCUACCAAACAACGACUUUUUGUUCGAGCCAGCUUACGCCAUGAACGAGGGAUGCUCCCAACACAUGCAGGCUGCAGUAAUCAAUGAGUUGCAAAUUGGAUCUGUCUAUCGUGUUCCGCAAUGUGCCCUCCAGCAGGUCAUGGUCGUUGAUCUCUUCAAAUGCACCCACCAUCAAGGUAGCAUGACUGUUGUUGCCUUAGUCUUCGACAUCAAGACUGUGCGGAAUGCCGUCAAACCUGGAUGUACCUGGCCAGAUCAACUCAAGGGCGACCAGAUGUGCAACUGCCUACUUAGCAGUAUCUUCUUUACCGUUAACGCCUUCCUCUUCCGCAGCCGAUUGGAGUUUGUUCGCUCGACGGUAUCCCCUCGCUACGGCUUCAAUGCUCACCGCGGCGAUCUAGAAGAGUUUGAUAGAUCGUUCACGGGGGUGAAUCGUGCCUUUUCUUCGUACCACGGUCCACUAAUGGAAAUGUUGCAGUACCCCACCUUUGAGAUGAUCAAGCGCUGCUUAGAACGCUACAAGACUGUUCGGAAAGUCACCAUCAACAUUACAGACCUCGGCUCCGAUCCGGUUGCCAAAGACGAACUCGUGAGAGGAAUGGAUUUGAUUCAAGCCAUGAGAAAGGAUAUCACAUGGGAUGUACACUAUUCUUGUGAUGGUGAAGAAAGCCUCGAAUACCGAACGGGCACGUAG